UUUUUUAAUUGAAUUAAUGACAACGUUCUGUUGGCCAUUUACGCGGCUUGAAACUUAUCUGCAAACUCGUUAGUGUCGAAUCGCCUUCACUUGUAAGUUGCACCCUCAUCUGUCUGCACCCGUUGUAAAGACAGCGUAAAUUUAUGUAUAACAAGUAACCAUUCUUCAACUCAAGAUUACUCUAAAGCCAUACCCACAAGAAUUCUUCAUUUCAAUGGCAGCGGCUAAGGAACCACAGAUAAUAACAGACAAGGAACAGAUGAGGAAAUGGUCAAGAGAAAUGAGAUCCCAAGGCAAGACCAUUAGUCUUGUCCCCACCAUGGGUUACCUCCAUGAAGGCCACUUGUCUCUCGUCAGAGAAGCCCGAAAAGACACCCACCUCGUAGUUGUCUCCAUCUAUGUAAAUCCAGGUCAGUUCUCUCCCACCGAGGACCUCUCCACUUACCCAUCUGAUUUCCAUGGCGAUCUCCUCAAGCUCGCCUCUGUUCCUGGUGGCGUGGACGUUGUUUUCCAUCCCCAAAAUCUAUAUGAUACGAAGGAUUGCAGGAAAGGAAGCAGAGGUGGAGGGGGCGGAAUGGUGUCUUGCUUGGAGGAGAAGGGGAUGGGGCACCAGACGUGGGUUAGGGUUGAGAAAUUGGAGAAGGGAUUGUGCGGGAAGAGCAGGCCUGUGUUCUUUAGAGGGGUCGCCACUGUCGUCACCAAGUUGUUUAAUAUAGUGGAGCCUGAUGUCGCUGUGUUUGGUAAAAAGGACUACCAACAAUGGCGAAUUAUUCAGCGAAUGGUUCAAGAUCUUGAUUUUCCUAUUGAAGUGAUAGGUUCUGAAAUAAGGCGAGAUGAUAAUGGACUUGCAUUGAGUUCACGAAAUGUGCACCUCUCACCUGAAGAAAGGAAAAAGGCAUUGUCUAUUAGUAGGUCAUUGCUGAUGGCAAAAGCUUCUGUGGAGAAAGGUCAAGUUAAUUGCAGGGAACUAAGAGACUUGGUCAUCCAAGAAAUACACAACGCUGGGGGAAGAGUAGAUUAUGCUGAGAUUGUAGACCAAGAGAGCUUGGAGGAGGUGGAAGAGAUUAGGAGUCCCGUUGUAUUCUGCAUUGCUGCCUGGUUUGGAAAAGUGAGGCUGAUAGAUAACAUCGAAAUCAAGAUAUGAAAACUUGAAAUCUUCUUCCUUUUCUGAAACCUUUCCUACGGGAGUUGCAAUGUUUUUUUCCCUUUUGGUGAUUUAUUGAACAGUGAGAUUAAUUGUCAAUAAAGAUUCUAACACUUUGUCUUUUUCCUAAUAGAUGCUUAAAGAUCAUACAUAAAGAAUUCAUUAAGAUCAGAAUAGUUGGGUCUUUUGGGGGGUUUAUUUUAUGUGGAAAUGC